GUAUUUAAUAGAAAAAAUCUAAUAAAAAAUUGAAAACAUGUUUAUAAGAUGUAGCAUCUCACUCCCAAUUGUUCACAUCCUAAUUACUAUGUUUAUUUUACGCUGUGUUUGGUUUGAGGUAGGUGAAGGUAGGGUGAGGUGAGAUUUAGGAGUUAUCUUGUUUGGGAAAUCAAAUAGGGGAAGGUAGCCGAAGGUAGGGGGAGGUAGCCUAGCCGCGGAACAGUGCAAAAAACCCGCCCGCCGAUUCAGCAGUAACUCAAGGCUAUUUUUGCGAUUAAUUACUGCAAUACAUUACCGCAUAAUUCAGUCGCCGGCGGCAUAAAUGAGGACAAAACCAACGGCGGUGUUCAUGGCCUUCGGAACCAAAGGCGAUGUCAAUCCAAUAGCUGCCAUAGCUGCAGCUUUUGCCUGUGAUCAGAAACAGUAUCAUGUGCAUUUUGUAACUCAUUCAGCACAUGAGAACCUGAGAAUUCAUUUGGAAACAAAAGGAGUUAUGUACAUUCCAGUUUCAGUGCCACCUGUUCUUGCUCCUACACAACAUCAUGGUGCCAUGGAGGAACCCUUCUCUAUCCAAAAAAAGGAACUUACCCGGAAGCAUAGACAAGAGUGUGUGUCUAUUAUUGAGGGUAUAUUCGGAGACGAACCUAGCAUGCACCGUGAUUUCAUUGCCAUCAAUUUUUUUGCACUGGUAUGCACCCGGCCCGGCUCGCACUAAAUGACCUAAAGUCCAUUUCCAUACCUGCCCACCAUGACCCAAGAAGGUUGGAGUCUUGCAGAGCUUUUUAAUGUCUGUUGUGUUGUUGCUGCUCCUUAUGUUGUUCCUUACAGUGCCCCUGCAUCAUUUGAACGACAAUUUAGGAAAGAGCUCCCACUUUUGUACAAGUAUCUCCAGGAAGCCCCUGUUGACAAGAUUGGUUGGAAAGAUGUUAUCCACUGGAUGUGGCCACUUUUUACUGAGGAAUGGGGAUCAUGGAGAAGUCUUGACCUAAAGCUGAGUUCCUGUCCUUUUACGGAUCCAGUAACAGGUCUUCCAACAUGGCAUUACCGGCCACCUUCUCCCUUGCUAUUGUAUGGAUUUUCCAAAGAAGUUGUGGAGUGCCCUGGUUACUGGCCAUCAAGAGUUCAGGUUUGUGGCUUUUGGUUUCUCCCCCCUGAGUGGCAUUUCUCGUGUAACAAAUGUGUGGAAGGAUCUGCAUUAGCUUCAACAGAGUUGACACCAGAAGGUGGGCUGUGUUUGGCUCACGCCAGAUUGCAGUAUUUCUUGAGUACUAAUGGGAAAGAACCACCGCUUUUCAUAAGUCUCAGUUCUGUUGGAAGCAUGGGUUUUAUGAAGGACCCUGAGGCAUUUCUUCGGGUGCUUGAACAUGUUUUGGACAUCACAAGUUACAGAUUUAUUCUCUUGGCAGCUGGAUAUCAACCUUUAGAGGAUGCAAUCCAACUGCAUGCUCAUGAAGCAUCUUGUGCUUCAGAGCAAACACCAUGCAAUGAUGAUGGUGUUUUUCUUUUUGGUGGCCGUGUUCUCUCUUUACCCGGUUCUAUACCAUAUACCUGGCUGUUACCAACAUGUGCUGCUGCAAUCCAUCACGGGGGCAGUGGAUCCACUGCCGCUGCACUACUCGCUGGAAUUCCUCAGGUGAUAUGUCCAUUCAUGCUGGAUCAGUUUUAUUGGGCGGAGAGGAUGUUUUGGCUUGGUGUUGCUGCAGAGCCAUUGAAAAGAGAGCUAUUGGUACCACACAAAGGUGGCAACGGUUUAGAAGGAGCAAAAAUGCUUGCAAAUGCCAUAAACUUUGCUCUUUCUUCUCACGUUAAAGCGCGCGCAUUAGAGUUUGCAACUGCACUAUCUACAGAGGAUGGUGUAUCGGAAGCCGUGAAGAAUUUGAAGGAAGAGCUUGGAGGCUCUACUUGAACCACUACACUUUGGCUUCCUUUGGUGAAGUUUUGGAGGUCUUCUACUAGCAGAUAAUAUAAUUUAUACUCCAUAAUAUUCUCGGGGUCUCUUUGUAAUAGUCUCUCCGUCUUAUAUCUUUCUUUUCGCUUUUCUUUUUGGGCAUUCUCAUAUUUUUCUUUCUUUCCAUAAAUGGAAAAGCGUAUU